CUGUUUGAUGGAUAAAUUGCAUGUAUGAUGUUUUAAUUUUGCAACUCUAAUGUUUUGAUGUUGAUGGAUACAUUGUAUAAUUGUGCAGGUGAUAUUUUGAUGUAUGAAAAUUUGUAAAUGUUAUACCUUCUACUCAUUGUGUUGCUGCCACAUUCAGGAGGGUUAGACAGGACGUGAUAGGGAAAGAGUGAAAUGGAUGUUGCUGGGGUCAGGGAGGAAGGAUCGGAAACUAUCUUUGAGAGGACCUCGUGUUUCCAAAUCACAGAUGGUGUACCACUCUUAACUUUUGAUCCCUCUGUGGAGAAUUUCCUCUCUAUCAUGGAAGCCAUCUCAAAGCUUUGCGGUGAUGCUAAAGAGGAGAGUUUUGAGGCAAGCGAGAUUGAACAGUUCAAGUCCAUGAUUAGUUUCAUUAGUGAAUGGAAACAAUUCUAUUUUUGUGAAUGGAUGCCAUUUUGUUAUAAGCCAAAAACAGUCAAUUUUACUUAUCAAACUGAAUCUGCUGAAGCAAAAAAUGCUAUUAAGGGGAUAAAGUUACCUCACUUUUCAUCAGCUGCCAUUCCAAAACAGGUGGAGAAAUUACCUCACACAACAUCAGCAUUGGACAAUGAUGAUUUUGUUUUUCAUGUUGGAGGAUCUGUUUGGUCCUUGGAUUGGUGCCCCAGGCUUUAUGAAAACAUUGACUGUGAUGUUAAGUGUGAGUAUCUUGCAGUUGCUGCGCACCCUGUUGGUUCCGAGUAUCACAAGAUUGGUGAACAAUUGAGUGGAAGAGGUUUCAUUCAAAUAUGGUGCUUCCUGCAUUUGGUUGGUAAGGAGGAGUUACUUAAUCCUAGAGGCAUCGCUCUACCUAGGUUAGUGUCUGCUCUUGCUCACAAUGGAAAAGUUGCUUGGGAUAUGAAAUGGAGACCUUCCGAUGCAGUUGAUUCAAAAGGGAAACACCAUCUGGGCUAUCUUGCUGUUUUGUUGGGCAAUGGUUCCUUGGAAGUGUGGAAAGUUCCAGUGCAUACCUUGGUCAAUUUCGUAUAUGCUGGUUGUCACACUGAGGGUACUGAUCCUCGUUUUUUGAAACUGCAGCCUGUAUUUAGAUGCUCAAGGCUGAAGUUUGGAGAAAGGCAAAGUAUUCCUCUUACAUUGGAAUGGUCUCCUUCAGCCUCUCGUGAUUUAAUUUUAGCUGGGUGCCAUGAUGGAAUGGUUGCCCUGUGGAAGUUCUCUUCACAGCUUUCCUCUCAAGAUACCAAGCCCUUGCUAUGCUUUACUGCUGACACAGUUGCUAUAAGAUCUCUUGCUUGGGCUCCAGAUGACAGUGAUGUUGAAUGCUCAAACUUAAUUGUGACUGCUGGAUAUGAAGGCCUAAAGUUUUGGGACCUACGCAGCCCCUAUCGUCCUUUAAUGGACGUUUGUCCGGUCCAAAGAGCUGUGCUAGGUCUUGAUUGGUUGAAGGAUCCUAGAUGCGUUGUCAUUGCAUAUGAAGAUGGUAUUAUGAGGACACUAAGCUUGACAAAGAUGGCAAAUAAUAUGCCUUUUACUGGGGAACUAAUGACUAGAACAAAGCAACAAGGACUGCACUUUCAAUCGUGUUCAUUUUUUGCCAUUUGGAGUGUCCAAGUAUCACGUAGAACUGGUCUUGUUGCCUACUGUAGUUCAGAUGGCUGCACUCGGUACUUUCAGCUGACCGCUGAAGCAGUCGACAAGGAUUCUAGUCGCUAUCGUAAGCCACACUUCCUUUGUGGUUCUCUUGCUGAGGAAGGUCCAACUCUUAGUAUCAACACCCCCUUGACAAGCGUUCCUUUACCCAAACAACCAUUAGUUUCAAAGGUGGCGGCCAAUGAGGCAAGGCCAAUGCAAGCUUUAUGUUCGUAUGAUGAUUAUGAAACAAGAAACAAUAGCAGCCAGAAGAAGAGGAAAGGUAAUCCAAGAAAGCAAGCAAGUGGAGAAGGUGUGCAAGACAUUGAGAUCAAGGGAGAUAAAUCUAGGCAAAAUGUUGCAAGAUUUCCUCCCAAAAUCGUCGCUAUGCACAAGGUAAGAUGGAACAUGAACAAAGGUAGUGGAAGAUGGCUGUGUUAUGGAGGUGCUGCUGGCAUUGUACGAUGCCAGGCUAUAUCCCUAAGAUAGAAGAUGGAUGUUUAGGGUGGCGAGCACUCAUUAGCAAGGUUGUAUUUAGAUUUAUAAUAAUUUUAAUUAAUUUAUUCCCCUCAUUAAAAAAAUUACUGGCUUUGCCAUUAUCAUUAAUUUUAUAUUUGUAAAUAUGUCAUAAUUAUUGAUGUAUAUGGAUACUCAAUUUAUAUGAAUGAACACAAGCUUUAUUUAAUUU